AUGGCGAUGGAGAGACGAAGGAGAAACGACGAAGACAACCUUCUUCAAGGCAUCAACAGCUACAAAAAGUCCCAGAGCCUCCAAGACCUCGCCAAGAACGACAAGGCCUCGUGUCUUGUGGAUGUAAUCGCCAAGAAGAUCGAGGACCAGCCCUGCACCGCCACGUACGGCCCCAACACCCUCCCAGGCAUCGGCCUGCAGUCCUCGAGCUACCAGGACGUCCUGUCCAAGUGCAAGAUCCACCCCAACCACACGGCGGACGGCGUCAUACCCCCGGCGUGCGUGCCAAAGCUGGUCCCGACACUCGUCCUCACCAACUACACCCACACUACGUACCAGAAGUACCUGAACGACUCGAGGUUUACGGGAGCCGGCGUCGGGUCCAAGGACGACUGGAUGGUGGUGGUGCUGACGACGAGCACGCCGGAAGGGAGUUUCGCUGGUGGGGAUGCGGCUUUGCUUGGUGGGUUGAGUAUCUUGUGGAUGUGUCUGCUGUUGGGAUUGUUGAUGACCCAUUGA